AAUGUUUACAAGAAAAGAGUAGUCAGUGCGUAAUACGUACGUAGUACAAAAUAUCCUGAUGAAUGAAUAUGAGAACAAAUGUAAUUAAGGAGUACUAAUACUGUUUAGAUGUGAAGUUUCAUUUGGAUCAUUACUCAUUUUCUCUGUUUUGCAUCAAAUGUCAGCUGACAUCAUUCUUGUUUGUUGCAUUUCAUUUUCAGCCAUUGAAAAUAUGAUUCCUUAACUCCUCAGCAAUGACAAUCUGUUUUGCACUAACUCUAGUCUUAGUUUAUUCGAUUAUGUGCCUUUCGAUACAAGAUCAUGUUGAGAAACCUUAUGGCAUCGAUUGUAAAGUUGAUCAACAGUUUCAUUCUGCAUACAUAACACCUUUAAUAGAGCAGGAAACUGAAGUAACUGGAUGUCAAUCAAGUGACACUUCAUCUGGAUUGCAGGAAGUGCAUGUACUGAGUCUUCAGAGUUCUGGAUUUGACGAACCUAUUGGAGCCAGGAAUGGUUUUUUGCCAAGUGUUUCAUUAGAUGUACGUCCUCGCUGGAAGCAAAAGGAACAUGCUACUUCUGUAUUUGUCAUACUGCAUUCAUUAACAGCAGUCAUGUGGCAAAUGAAUUUGCACCACUCUGGAAAUAGUACAAGCUUUCAUAUUAUUGUUAAUAAGCCAUCCUAUGUAGUUCCUAGCAUUGCAGUUGCAACUGUUUCCCGUCAAAAGCUUCCCUCCACAAAAAGAUUGCCUGCAUGGGUCAGAAGUCACCAUGGUGCUGUUACUUCCUUCUCAGUAAUACCAGUAGCUAAUGAAAUAAAUUUAUACACUGGAACAGAUGCAAAUGCUGCUCAAGAUUGUGACUUCAACAGUCAAGCACAAUCAAUAAAUGUAAAAGGUAGUUUUGUUCAGCCUCAGCCUGCAACUGGAUGCUUUGUAAAUAACAUUCAAAAUGAUGAAAAGUACAACAUUCUUCAUGUAAUUGAAUUGAAUACCAGCAUUUCAAAUGCUGAUAUCUUAAUUCAUUUGCAACCAUAUGCGGUUUCAAAUUCAGCUCAGAAAGUUGUAGUUGAGCAGAAUUUGAUUCUUGUUUUAAAGUGCCAUGUACCAGUUCAGUGGAUAAUAGAGUCAUCAGGGAUUCAAGGUUCUUUGAACAUAGUGGCUGAGCAUCCAGUUCGUAUUCGAACAAAUCCUUUUUACAUAACAGCUAUGGUUCAAGAAAAAGUUCUUCCAGCUGAGACUUCAGCACUUUUGAGCACAGUACAAAAUUCAUAUGGGUUUAUUGACUCAUAUAUGAAAACUAAUAAAGCCAACAGGAUAAAUAUUAUUGUGAAAGGAAAAACUAAGAAACUUCUGAAUGAGGAAGGAACAGUAAUUGAAUCAUCAUUAAAAGUUCAAGAAUCAUCUUCAGGCAUGGCAGUUCUAUAUGCUGUGGACAAAGUAAAAUCUGUUGUUACGAGUACAGGACCAAAAGUACUCUCAGAACAGCCAUUGAGCCUUCUUCUUGCUAAGAAGAUGAUUCUUGAGUGUUUUGUAGAUAAAAUGAGUGUUGCCUUUCCUUUUGAUGAAACAAUGAAUAUUUUAACAUCAUCUGUUGGUCAGCAAAACAAAUUGUCAUCCGUUACUCUUAUUGAUUCCAGCUGCAAAGCAGAAUUUAAUGAAAGCCAUAUUGUGUUACAAUCUAACUGGCAGGAUUGUGGUACAAAAUAUCUUUUAAAUGGAGAUGGAGUAGCAUAUCAUAAUCAGGUGCAGUUUAUAACAACAAAUGCUGUAGAAAAAGUAUCGUCAAGUAAUCGAAAACAUCUGCCAACUGAUGAUGAUGAUUAUAUAUCAGAAGAUGGAUCAGGAUCUGAUGAUGUCACUUCAGUCCGCCAGAAAUCUCUGAAUGAAGAACGUAUCAUAUAUCCUGUACCAUUUCAUUGUGCACAAACUGUUUUGCAUAAAAAUAUUAUUGCACCUGGGGAAAAAUUUGAACUAAAUUUAUAUUGUAAAAAGGAUUUUCAGCAACCAAUAAUGUUCCAGGAAUCACUUCCAUUUGAUGUUAUAGCUCAUGAUCAUUUAUUUGCUGAAGCAGUGAUUAAAGCAGAUCCUCGUUUGUGUAUACUUGUUGAUGAAUGCUGGAUAUCAGAAAAUGAUGCUUUUACAAGAAAUGUUGGAAAGAAAAGUGUUUUAAUUAAACAAGGGUGCCCGACUGAUCUGAGUGUUGACAUUUUAACUAAAACACAUUGUAGCAAUCUUGAUUCUGAUGCUGAACAUUACAAAUUCAGAUUUUCAUUUCAGCUGAGUGAAGAGUUUAUCAACCAAAAACUACUUUUACACUGUCGUUUCAGUUCAUGUGCCAUGCAAGAUAACAAACAAUUAAGAACUAAACAGUGCAUUAGUAACGAAAAUUUUUGCCUGAAGCAUGUUCUCCGUCCUUACUUGGAUACAUUGCAAGGGAAAAAUUUUAGUAUUAUAGUUCAAGGCCCAUUCCGAGUUGUUUCUAAAACUCCUGUGGGAAAAAGUAAAGAUCUUUUGUCCCUUGCCAGUCCUGAAUCAUCAACAAGUUCUCCUGAGAAUUUUGUGGUAGAUUAUUCUUUUGAUAAAUUAACUGGAAAUAAUAAAAAGAAUCCAGUGUCACAGCAGCUUGUUUUCAUUGGUCUCUCAACUGAAGCAGUCAUUGGAAUUGCAUUUGCAUCAUUUAUCAUUGGUGCUGGUUUGAUGGCUACAUUAUGGCUUAUUCAUAUGCACACAGAACCCUCUCGACGUUUAAAGCAAAACAGAAAGAAAUCUCCGAAGCAGUACCAUAAUGAUGAUCAGUUGAAUUUUGAGCGAACAGAAUGUGCGGACAAUACUAUCCCAUGCUCUGUAAAGCCAUUGUCUGUGCAUAUCUGCUCGUAACGUAUUUUUAUUGCUCAUGAAGAAAGAAAAGUUAGAAUGAGCAAAUGUGACUUCUUGGAGUUAUUCUAUCACCUUAAGUACAAGAAUUCUCAUUGUUGUGCAUAUCAUGUUUUUUGUGUGUUUGUGUAAUUUAUUGUCAUCGUAUUAUUCCUAUUACACAUACCUCAUGAUUUGCAUACUGCAUUUUUUUCAUCAUUAUUCGUCAUCCUGUAAGCCCAUUCUGCCAAUAAGUACAAUUUUUAAAGAUUUUAAAAUUGCUGUUUUUCCUUUAUUGUAUAUUGCAAAAAUUGUCUGUUCUGUUUUGUGUUCUGUAUAGAUGUGUGCACUUUGCUGCAUUUUAAAAUUUUGUCCUAUUUAUGAAAUCCGUCAGACAGUGUAAUUUCAUAAGUACUUAACUGUUGAUUUCUUCAUAAUUUGUGAAGUAAUAAUGGGCAGUUAUGUAUGUGGAAUUUAUAAGUACAAAGUGUUUUAUUUUUGGUAUAUUAUUAAUUAUUUAUUUGGUAAUGCAGGUAAUUGCUUUUAGAAAUGUUUUUUUAACAGCUUAAAAUUUAUAGCAAUAAAUAUCUACUGAUAUUUGUAUUUCAGUAAUUAAAAUAAGUAGUACUGAGGCUAAUAUUGUUUUUAUAUAUUUUAAUAGUGGGUUAGUACUUUGAUGAAGUGUUGCUCAUGAAAAUGAGUGUAUAGAUAAGACGAAGGACAUCUCAAACACAAUAGAAAGCCUUAUUCCCAGUAAAUUUCCCUUGUAGUUUUUAAUUGUGUUAGUACAUAUAUAGAAAAAGCAAGUACAACAAAGAGUACAAUGAAAUGUGCAAAUGGUACAAAUUCUCCAAAAUUUGCACAGUUUAUAUAUAGCUAUUCUGCGAAUUUUUUUAAGUGUGUUGUAUUUUUUACAUUUUUCUCUGUAUAAAUAUAAUGACCAUAUUUAUCACAAAAAAUAACUAUAGAUUUGCAUAAUUUUGUUUUGUUUUCUUUGCUCAAAUGGUCAUUUUCGUCUAAGUUAUUCAUAUAGUUAAUUAUUUUCACUCAUUUUGUAUGAUAUUCUCGAAUAAUAAGAUUAGUGUCGUAAAGUUUUCUAUGUUUGCAAUAUGUUAAUAGAUAAGCUUCAUGAAAAUGUAUACAUAUAAAAUUUAUCAAACGAAAUAGAUUAUGUAUAUAUAUAUAUAAAUAGAUUAUGUAUUAUACAUAUAUUAUAUAUAUACAUAUAUAAGCCAAUUAAUGUGCUGAGCAAUGAGCAUAUUUGUAGUAGAAGAUUACAAAAUGCUUUAAAUUUAAUAGAUGCGUUAUCAUUUGUGUGCCAUGAAUUUUCAGAAAAUAAGCCUUUAUGAUUAAUACCACAAUGGGAAAGUUAGUUCAGUUUUAAGCACUUAAGUGCACAUUAUUAUUUAGAACAAAUAUUUAUUACAAAUUGUAAAUAUGCUUCGUGUUUCAAUAUAAAUAAUGAAAAAGUAUAACCAAAAAACCAAAAGUAUUGGGAAAAAUUCUUGAAGGAACUGAAGUUUUUCUCAAAAUCUUAGUUUCCUUGAAUUUGAUGGAAGAUUUAUCUAAUAUAGUGUUAGCUCUUCAUUUGAUGGUAGUAGGGUUGAAGUGUUAUUUUUAAUUGAUAUUCUGUGUUAGCAAUUUGAAGAAAGUUUUCUCAAUUAAAAUAUUUUCAGUGAAUCAUUACAAAUAUUGGCUAAUAAUUAGAAUCGAGUAAAAAAUUUUUCAUAAGUAGAUAACCUACUUUUUAAAUGAAAUAUUCUUAAUUAGAAGUAAGUUCUAUAAUAAAAAAUUGGGUUUUCACGUUUUCAGUGAAUCGUUUCUAGUAUUUGUAAGUUGUUAGAAAUCAAAUGAGUAAAAAGUCUUUCAUAUUCAUGAAAUACAUAAAUCUUAAAAAUCGGUCUCAUUCUAAAUAGAGAAUCUAUUUAUAAAAUUAAAUAUUUUCAAUUAAACAACAAAUGUAAUAAAAAUAAUAUUUACAUUUUGUUAAAAUUGCUGAUGUUUUACUUGCUUGUUAUUUUCACGUAUUCUAAAUAUUUUGUGUAGUAAAUAAAAUUUUUGUUAAUGGUAAAAAUAAAUAAAUAAAAAAAUAGGAAGUAUUAUUAAUUGCUAAAACGUUCCUAAAUGGAUAGAAUCUGAAGUCUACAGAGCCAUGAAAAAAGUGUUAAAUAAACAGCUAUCAGUUUCAGAGCAUAACUAUUCCUUUCCCAUUAACUUGCUUAAAAAAAAAAAAAAAAAAAAAAAUCAUGUCCCACAUAAUUUUUUAAUCUGUAUUAGUAUUUACAUACAUUUCACCAUAGCUUUAGGUCACUAAAAACUUUCCUUUUGAUAAUAUUAGUCAAAAUUUCAUUAAAAACUUCAUAAAUUUCUCUUCAUAUUCUAAAAUGUGCAGUUAAAAUAAAUACAUAAUGUAAAGAACUUAAAUUAGUCACAAUAUGUUUUAAAAUAAAAGAAUUGUAUUGAGAUAUUCCUAAUCCUAAAAAAGCAGGAAUACUUGUGAUGAAGACUAAGAAAAUAUGUAUGUGAUAUAAUAUUUUAGUAGUGAUAAAUUGAUUCAGUUUAGAUGGAAAGACAUCCAAUAACUUUAAAGUACCCCUUGUUUAUCAGUUGGAAUUACUGAAAUAAGUUAAAGAAAGUGAAGACUAGUGUAAGGAAUGCCAUAUUUUGUAAAAAUUUGUCUUUUCACUUUCAUUAUAGAACUUUUUUUCAGAGCAGAAAUGCACAGUAUCCCAAAAAAGGGAGGGAAUUAAUUGUCCUUUAAAGCUGACAGUAUAAACUUUCAGUUUACUUGUAAAACUGAUUGUUCUUAAAACUGACAGUAUAAACUUUCAGUACCACAUUUAUGUGAUGAGUGAAUAAUCUGAAGUUACAUUAUAUUAAUGGUAUUAAAAAAGCUAAAAUUAAAUGUUAUUCUGACUCCUGCAAAAGAAUAUUACUUUAUUCAAGAGAUCCCCAUCUCAAAGGAGUCCUCUAUAUUUCACUAGGGAGAAGUGUCCUAUGUGAAUACUGAUUAUGAAGUUAAUAAUUUUGAGACAGGUAUUUUUGAAUUUUCUCUGAAUUGAAAAAAUAAAUAAAUAAAUAAAUAAACUUUUUUCAAAUAUAACAUGAUAUUGCAGACUAGCAAUGUUAUGUUUUAGCACAUUUUUAAGAAUAUAUUUUAAUUCUUAACAUAACUUAUUGAAUGUCUGGGAAUUGAUUGUUCUAAAAUAAAUUUUUUUAUACCAGUUCAGAUACAUAAUUUGAACAAUAUAACCACUGAGUUAUCAUAAUAUAUGGCUGAUAUCUUAAUUUAUUAAGAAUUAGAAGUAAAAUUUCAAAAAGAUAUUUCUGUGUUGUAUAUUUUUCAAGUAUUCAUUCAUAUUUUGGAAUUCUUGGCAAAGAAAGUAAUUAGUAUUAUGCUUGGUGUUUAAAAAAGAUUGUGCAACUAGUUGUGUACUGAAUGGUUGAUCAGCUUCAGUUUCAGAAUCAAAUUACAUAAAGUCUGCUUUCAAACUAUUAGAACUUUAUGAUGCCUUUUAAUGCGAAUAUAUGAAAUUAAAAUUUUUAUAUAGGCCUUCUUUGAAAGACGUUAAUGUUUUUAACUGUCCUUAUCCUGCUAAAGUUAUUUUUAUAAAAAUUGGUAUGUAAUAUGAAAAAAUUAUUAUCAUGGUAUGUUUUAAAUGACUUUUACCUUGAGAAAUAAAUGUGAUUUAAGAGCUGUAUAAAAUUAAAUUUGAAAUUUUAGCCUUCUUAUAAAUGAUAAUUUAAAAUUAAUGUUGCUGAAUUAAUGUCUUCUGAACACGAAAAAAAGCCUUUCAGAAGUUAGCAUUUGUAAACAUAAUAUGCAAGCUUUUCAUAACAGUAUUUGUAUGUGGCCCUCAAGAAUUUUAAUCAAUGUUAUCUGUGUUUCUCCUCCUUCAGCAUAUUCUACAGUGGAAAAUAUUUUGUUCAAUCACUUUUUGACAUUAGAAACAUCGUUAGUGGAGACUUCCCAAAGUUUUUGGAAUAUUAUAUUAUAUUUACAUUAUGCUGCCAUAUAUUUAACAUCACUUGCUUUGACAAGUGUUGUCUCUACAAUAAUAUUGCACUCUUCUAAUGAUUAAAAAACCUGUGACAGACCAAUGACUUAAUGUUCUAAGCAGUCACUGAUGUCUGGAAGUUCUGUUUCAAAAUGUCUAUCAGUUUGAUUAACUGUCUAUCUAAAUUUACUGCCUCAUAUUACCGUAGAUACAUGGAUUGGUUACCAGUAUGUGAUGGGCAGUGGUGACAGAUCGCUUUAGAUUAAGGGACCUUUAACUUAAUUUUAAAAAUGUACUGAAAUUUACGGCAUAAUUUUACAUUAGUGAGCCAUAGGUUGAUCAUCAGUGACCGACUGGUUGACCACUAGUGACAACUAAACUGCUGAAAGAAGUGAGCAGCAACCUUGAUGGGCCCUGAUUGCUUUGAUUUAAUUUUAAUUUAAAAAUCGUCUUAAAUGUACUGCAAUAUCCCACAUCCUUGAUCUACAAGUAGCCUAUCAACCAGUAGAUUGUAGGUCACCAAUAGCCACCCUGAUGUUGGUGACACUGGUUGCUGCUUUGUCGAACCUUUGUUUAAAUCCUGGAGAAGGCCUGAAUGUUUGUGUGGCAUGAGGCUACUCAAAAUGCUGAUGAGCUGAAAGUCCUCUCGAGUGGUUUGGUGCCAGGGGAAAAGGGGUAGAGUCGUUUAUUCAUCCCUCAUGAUGCUGUCCCUUAAAAUUCUGGUGAAAUUGUUCUGCUGGGGUACUAUAUCUUGUACUAUGUCUUUGAAAAAAUUCUUGGAUCCUCCCCACUUGUAGGUCGUCAGGGAAGCCUUGAGAGACCCUGAUGUUCUUUAGUUUAAUUUUUAGUUCAAAACUUUAUUGCUCUGCUGUAUGUGCACUGGUGAUCCACUGAUUGGAUUGAUCACUCUGUCUAUGUAGAUUAUCUAACUAAUAGCCUUGGUGCAUACUUGCACUCAAGUAUGCACCAACUUCUAGGUGGUCUACAUGUAGCUUAAUUUUAAUAAAAAAAAAUAUUUGAUUUCAUUGCAGCACAGCAUAUUGUUGCAAAUGAUUUAGAACCUGUAGAUCAUUGGGGACCAACAGCUUUGAUGAAUGCAGGUGCUCAUUGAUUUAAUUUAAAGUAUUAUGUAAAUGUAUAGCAGCGCCUACAUUUGUGACCAGUUAACAGACUGAUGAUGGCUGUCAGCAUGUAGGUCACUGGCAACGAUGCUCUUGAUGGUUACCUUCAUUUUUUUAAUAAUCGACUUAGAUGAUAUAGUUUUAAGUGCAUAUGAUAUAUCCAGUUGGUUAUUUUAAUUGUUAAAUAUGUUUAUAGUGCCAUAUAUUCUGAACCUGAUAAAACCUCUAUAAAAAUUUAAGUUCAAUUUAUUUUUAUCAAAGGACAUUACAUAGCCAAUAUGUUGUAGUUUGAAAACCUACCAUAUUUGAUUCUUUUUUUAAACUGGACUUAAGAUCUGUGAGCUACUAUUUAAAAGAUAUUUAAUAGUGUAAUCUUUUUUAAAACACCUUGUGUGCUACACUAAGCUCCUAAAAACUGCUUAUUUUUCACAAAAAAUUAUUAUGCUUUAUAAGUAGAUAACUUAAAAAUAAUAUUUCAAUAAAAUGUAUUUUGGGAAUAGGAGCAGUGGAAGACAUUGCAACAACCCUUUUAAGCUGUUAUUUAGUAUUAGUUCUAUAUAAUAGUAAUCCAGGCAUCUGUUUUUCCUUCUUCAAAAAAAGUGGAAAUGACAGUUUUAUGUUGUGAUGUUAACUUAAAUAUAUGUACUGCGAGAAUACAUUGUUUAUAAAUUGAAAGUCAACUGCAUUUAUAUUGGUUUGAAAAUAGAUGUACAUUUUAAAGUUUCUUUUAAUAGUUGGAAUAUUUGCAUCAAGUAUCACUGAUGCAUUUAAAAGUUGCAAAACUUAAUAUUCUAAAAAGUAAUUAAUAAGAUGAACUUUAAUCAUGUUGUUACACAGAUUGCUCAGCACUGAUAUUGGAGCUUAAAAUAUGUGACUGUAAAUUCACCUUGACAUCCAUAUAUAUCAAUGGUAAUCGAUUUAAUAUGCUGUAUUACUAUUUUUAGAACUUAAAAUUAACAGGUUCUUAUAUUGCUAAUAAUUUUAUAUUCACCACAUCACUAUUCAUAGUAGCAUAAAGAGCUGUUACUCAUGAUAGCUAUAAUUGCUUGUUUGCAGUAGUUCAUAAGCAGCUCAGUUGUACAAAAUUUCUCUGCCGUACAUAAUCUGUUUUCAACAAUGGCCUUUUUAUCAGAUAUAUUUAAAAUAUACUAGUCAAGGAAAUCUAAAAAAAUAGUUAUUAUUCUUUUUAAUAUAUAAUAUUUUUCAGAUUUGUAUAAAUAUUUUAGAAUUAGCCAAUGAUAACUUAAAUUUUUUUCUAUGCACGCAUGUAAAGUAAAAUUUUGUAGUAAAAGAUAUAAGCUAUUUAUUAAUUGUUUUUAAAAAAUAGGAAAUUGUUUUUUGACUGUAAAAUAUAUUUGCACUAAGCAGAGGCACUUGUCAUUUUAUGAAAGAAGUGCAAUGAUUUGGUUUAAAAUAUAAAAUGUAACAUAGUCUUGCAUGCAGCAGGUGCAGAUUAGUCAUUUCACUAAGUAUGUAAUAAAUUUUUACAAGCAAUUAUGUUAUAUAUAUAUAUAUAUGUAUAUUUUGUUGGCAAAUUAAUGUUUGAUUCAGAAUCUCUUUAAAUAUCACUAGCUAAACAUUAUAUUUAAAAAGGGAUAAUUAACUAAGAUGGCAUUUUUUGAUUUUCUUCUUUAGAAUAUGAAAGGUCACAAUGCUCUGAAAUAUCCUAAAUUGUAAUUGCUAAUAAUUUUUUUUUUUUUUUCCAUCGCUAUUGCAGAGGAGAAAGGAAAACAAAUCAAUACUUUGAUAGUAUUUGUAUGUUUAGUCACAGAAAUAUUUUUAGUUAUAUAAAACAUUAUCAGUUAUGUAGAUUCUGUUAAGUAGAAAUUUAUUUAUAUUUGAAUUUACUUUAUUAAUUUCAGUCUGAUUUUAGAGCUUUCUUUCUUUCUUUCUUUCUUUUUUUUUUUCAAUCCUCUGUCUUUUGGUAUAUGUGAAAUUUUUCUAUAUGUUUUGUACAUGUGAAAAGUAAUAUCUUACUAAUAAUUUUAUAAUGGAAAAAGUUGUACUAUAUUUUUUAUUGCUUAAAAAAAUGAUACCAUAUUAAAUUCAAAUAUUGUUAGAGCUUUCGAAGUAACUAAUUAUAUAUUUUAUUUAAAUAAUAACAGAUAAUAUAUUUGUGCAUUUUUUAUUCAUAGCUGUUUGUUCACAAGCCAUGUAGUAUUAAAAUAAAUUUGUAAACUAGUGAUCAGUCUGUAUUUGUGAAUGGUUACAAAUCAUUUUAGUAGUCUGAGCAAAAAAAGAUCAGUAGUAUAUCUUGAUUAGAUUUUAUUAUUUAUGUUAUUUGUGUUUAUUAUAUGAACCAGUAAACUGAUCAAUCUGAAAAGUAUUGAAGCUUUUUAAUAAAUCAUAUAUAUAAGGAAAAUGAGAGGAAUAUGUGUUGGUAUAGUAUUAAAAUGAAAAAUUUUAUGUGUUUUAGAUAAUUAUUGAAAUUAGUCUUGAAGAAUUGUGGAAAGUUGUUUGUGAUUUGUUACAUAUUUGGCAUUCUGUUUUUACCAGCUGGGAAUUUUUAGCAUUUUUAAAACUAAUCAGAAGCAGUAUUUUAUUUGUGUGAGUUUUGAAGCGAGCUCUUAACAAGAAUAAUAUUUUGAUUGUUUAUUAGUCAAAAAUAUACAGCUUACUAAUAUGAAAAUUUUAUUUAAAAAAAAUAGAGAAUGUAAGUGUUGUAUCACCAGUUCCAUUUUAGCUCACACUUGGAAGAGUUAUUAAAUAAUUUUUUGUUAAGUAUUGCAUUGAAAACAUAUUUUGAUUAUAUUUCCUCCAUUUUUUGCAAUACUAAUUAAGCCUAAUAUAAAUUUAAAAAGAUAGUUAUUUAUAUUGUUUUAAAAUUAUGAGUUUAGCUUUUAUUGAAUGCUGUUAAUUGUUGCACUAAAGAACAACAAUAAGUUGAGUUUGUAGGUUUAGAUAUAAGCAAGUGGUUUUAAAAAAUGUGUUAUUUAUUGUUAUUGUUUUGAUGAGCUCCUCUUGUUUAUCAGAUCUGUUAAAUGAAAAAUAUUUUGCAGUGAUGCAUUUCAGUCAAGAUCAUAAUCAUAGUAAAAUUAUAUUUUUAGUAUUUUAUAAAAUUUAUAGCUUUUUUUAAUAAUUCAGGUAUGCAUUUUGUAUAAUAGCAAUAUUUUUCAUUAUAUUUGCUCAAUGAAAGUUGGGUAUUGUAAUAUGAGAGGCAUUUUGGUACUCAUAGCAAAUUAGAAAAUAUUUAAUGAGGAAAAAAUUGACAGUAAAAUAUUCUAACUAAAUAUCUACAAUUUAAAUAUAUGUAUACAUGUACAUGCACAUAUUAUAAACAUUCAUUUUGCUAGAAUGGAAAUUUCUACCAUGCUGCUUAUUAUUUCAUGAUAAAAGAUACUUUCUGUUUCCAGAGUCACCAAUUAUUUCUCAAAAAAUGAAUGUUUACUCUGAGAAUUCUGUUUCACUUUGUCGGUAGCAGUGCCAUAUUCUUUUGUGGGUUUUAAAAUUUCAUUAGGUAAACACUAUAACUUCUAUAAUUUAUGGCUUUCAUGUGCAUUUAUCUUUUUAAUAUAUUCUCUGCAUUAAAAUUACUUAUUUAUGUCUCUGUACUAUUUAUAAUAAUUUUAUUUUUUUCUAAAAAUCAUAUUAAGUUUCAAAAACUGUUUUCUUAUAUUAUAAUGAUUUAUUAUUCAUUUAGGUUAUGGCAUAUAUUUUAUUCAGAGCUUAUAAAAUACUCAUAGGUGCUAAGACAGAUCAUGCAUUUUCUUUUUUAAGUAGUUAUAAGUCUUAGUAUUAAUGCACAUUAGUAUGCAGUACAAUUUAAUAAUAAAAUUUAGAUAGAAAAGUUGAGAAAGAUACUUUCUGAUUGGUCAUUUUAAAUAGGGUUAAGUGAAUACUGGAGUUAUACAUUUAUAUUGUGUGAAAUUUUCCAUAAUUUAGUAUUUUAUUGCUGUGUGUACAUUCAUUAAUUUUAAUAUAUCAGUUUAUGUAUUAGUAAAUAUUAGGUAAAGGGUCUACAAAUUCAGGAGCUAAAAAUUAAUGAAAAUUUUCUUUUAAUACCUGAGCUUUCAUAAGUAAGUGCCAGUUAUUUUGAACUAGUUUCAGAAAAGAAUAAAUAAAAAUUGUAGACCCUCAGCACUGUAGUGAAUUAGAAUUCAUUUAUUUAUCUCAUUCUAUUAAUUUGUUUGAGAUUUCGUAUUUGUUAUUUGAAAUGUCUUUUUUACCAAUAAUGGCCCUGCAAUUGGAAAAUUUUUUAAAAUGUACAUUUUUGUUCCUUAAGACAUAGUUCCUAGUUAUGUAUUUAAUGAGCUGCAUAAAUAUGUAGCAAUAUUAAUAAGUCUGCCAUUUUUUCAUCAUUGAUCAACAUAUGAUGAUUUUCAGUUUAAAUAAUUAAUAAAUAAGUUGAAGAUAUAUGAUCAUUAGAAUUAAUUCUAAUUGAUCAUAAAGUUGGGGUACUUUUCACACAGAUAUUCAUCUCAUUUUUGUUGUGUCAUGUUAUUUUAAGAACAUUAUAUAUACAUAUAUAAUUUUUAUCCCUCUUCAUAUUUUUUUAUUUAGUUACUAUCUGUUUCUUGUUAAGAUACAUACUGUAUAGAUAUUGUAUGUUAUAUUUCUCAUUUGUUUAAAUGAAGGUGCUAUUAAUGACUGGUAAUUUCCCUUAUUUGACUAUCUCAGGAAUAUUUUUUAUUGUUUAUUUAUUUUCACAAUAAAUAUUUCAUGUUUGUUUUAUUUUUUAAAUUUUAACUGAUGAAUAAUAGAAAAUGGAAAUAUUAUGAGGAACUUUUAAGUGUGUGGUUACUUUUUUUAAUUUUUUAUUUAAAUGAUUUUUAGCAUUUGUAUAUUUGAAGCUAUGUAAUGCUAGUUCAUUUUUAUAAUAAAUAUUCUUGUUUUUAAAAGUUAAAAAAAAUUAACUUGUGACUAUUAAUCUGAUAUUAAAAUUAGGCAAAAAUGCGACCUUAGAUUGGUAUAGAUGUUGAAUUUUAUUAAAAAUCCUUGCGAAACAAUUUUUUUGGCCUAGUUUUUAAAUUUUGUAUUGGUAUUUUCUUUUCCAAAUAUAGUAUUAAUUUGAUGUUAAAAGCAUAUAUAUCUAUUGAAAAAGUGCACAAUUAUAUCAGUUUAUUUUAGAAAGAGUUCAUAUGAGUUUUUAAAAAAGUGCACAAUUAUAUUAUUGGUUUGUAAGAAGCUAAUAAAUUGUAUGUUAUUGUAUAUUGUGUUAUAUGUCUGUACUGUUAAUUGUGCAUAUUAUUUCACUAAAAAGAGAAUGCAUUUAAGAUCUCUCAAAUUUGAAUGCCAGGAAAGGAUUUCCAUAAUGGCAUAAACUAUGCUAAUAAAGUUGCUGUAAUGAAUUCCUUUGCAUAAUAGUAGAACUCUAAUUACCUGAGCUCUGGUUAUCCAAAAUUACAAUAAUAUCAAUUAUUUGUUAUGUCUUAGUCAAAUAAAAUUCAGUUUGUGAUUUACGAAUUAUUAUUUUACAGUUUAAUAAUUUAAUAAUGUAAUACAUAUCACUAAGCUGGUACUAUUAUGUUACAUCAAUUAAAAAGUUCUGAAUUUUAUUUUGAAUCAAAGUAGGCUAUGCAAUUUGUUUUACUCCACUAGCAAAUAAAUUUACUAGUAAAUUAGUAAAAGUAAAAAUAAGAUCAUGUUUCAGGGUCUACAUAAAUAGAAAUUAAUUUUAUCAUUUUAUUUGAAAUGGUAAAAUUAAUUUCUUUCAAAGGGCAAUAAAAUAUUUCAUUAUUUAACUUUUAUUUUAAUUUUUUAAAUUUGUAUCACAGAAAUAAAAUUAGUUUCCUCAUCCCUUAAUUGCAUUUCGAAUAAAAUAUAAUGAACCAAAAAUAAAAUUUCACACUGUAGUAAGUACCAGUUAUCUUCACCCUCUCCACCCCCAAUUCCAAAAUAAAUGGUAGGCAGGUUUCCAGUUAGUCCAGGUAUUUGGGUUCUGCUGCAUCCUUUUUUUUAUUAGGUCCGGUAAAAAAACCCUCUUUUUUUAACUUGCAAAAUAUAAGGCAGUUCAUUAAUGUUCUGUUGCCAUUAAGAGGUUAUUCCUGGAUUCCCAAGGAAGCUGUACUUGUACUUAUUAUUAUGGAGUAAAGCAGUUUUGAGGAAUUUUGAUUUUAAUUUUCAUUUCAUGAUUCUACCUCAGUUCACUCAUUGUAAAUUUCAUCAUUUUCUCAUAUAUUAGACUGGAUUAAAUUUCAGAAAGUAGUAGUUUAAAUAAGUUUGUAACAGCCUUUAUUAUUACACUAAAUUAACCUUUAUAUGAAUUUUUAUGUUAAUUAAUUAAUUAAUUUUUUCCAUGUUUCUCUAAUUUCCAUGUUUCUCUAUUUUCCAUGUUUCUCUAAUCUUUAUUAUUAUUAUUAGCUUAGUCAUGUAUGUGAGCUCCAGUGAAAUUUUAAUGCAUUUUGUUAUCAUUUUAUUGGUCAACUAGCACUCAACUUUAUAUUUAAACUAGUCAUCCUCUGAGUUAAUCCAGUCUUUCUUGAGCUGUAACAUCAGUAUUUAAAUAGAUGUCUUUUAAAGCUAAUAUAUAUGUUAGAUUUGUUUAAAAGCUGUGGACACUUGUAAAUCUGAAGUUUGUAAGUUUCAGUUUAUGCCCUAAAAGCACAAACUGCUAAUUUAUACUCAACUGUGUUUUAGUAAGUGAAUUAUUGACAAAUAUUUUAUGUGUGUGUUUAUUUUUGACUGAUCAUUCAGCAUUUUUUAAAAUUUUAACAUCAAAUACUCUACUUAUUCAAGCUGUUGAAUUGCAUUGAAUAUACUAUAAUUAAGAGUUAUGGAGAUUUUGGGUGCUGCGCAAGUACAUACAAUACAUAUUAUUAGUAAUGUUGUAAAAUGUAUUUUCUCAGCAUUAAAAGCAUUUCAUGCUUUUAUAAAUCUUUAUUUUAGCCUUAAUUUGAUUUCAUUACUUCUUUAUAUUGUGAUAUUUUGUUCAAGCUGUCAUCUUCUUAUCAGCAAAAUAAGAGACUUAGUAAUUCAGUUUGAGGAAAAGGAAUAGGUAUUAUUGAAAAAAAUCUUGUACAAAAAAUAAGAUAAGAAUCGCAAUAUAAUUUACUUAAUAUAUUAUAAGUUAGAAUACAUUUUAAGAGAAUUUAAAGUAUUAAAGGAUAAUUAAAACGUAAUAAAAAUUUUAAGAAUCUUCAUAUGGCUGUCUUCCAUAGAAUUAUGUUGAGUAUUUCUAGAAAUUUGUAUUAAUAAGUAAAAGUAUUAGCAAUUUUUUUUUUUCAAAUGCAAAAAUGCUGCAUAUUAAAUCCAACAGAGAAAGCGAAUUUCGGUAUGUUGGGAAAAUAUAGAGUUGGAAAAAAUUUUAAAUUGAAAGAUGUAAAAGUUGAUACCCCCCCCAUUUUUAUGGUUUUAUUACUUUAGAAGCUUUAACAUGUUAUAUAAGCUGCUGACAUAGGGCAUAGAUUGUGGAUUAUUCCAGCCAUUAUACAUGUGCUAUUAUAUAUUAUAUGCAUACUCGCAGCAGACAUUUUUAAUAAAUUUCCUAAUGAUUAUUAUAAUAUUUAAAUCAAAAGUAAAAUAAAAUUUAAAAAUGAAAGUUUUAAAUUGUAUAUUUAAUUCAGUGCAUUGAAACUAACUUUUUUUUUUAAUUGGUUAAAUAUUUACAUGCAGUAUAAUCAUUUAUCUAACAGUUUGGUAUUAAAAUAUUAAAUAUAAAUGAGAAUAUACUUCAUUUUGAGUUAAUUACUUUGAAAAAAAGGUAGGAAAUUUCAGAAUCAAGUUUUAAGAUUUACGAAGUGGAUUGUAAUGUUAUUGUUGAGGUUUAGCUGCUUUGUAUUAUAUUUAAUUUGGACCAUUGUGUAGAUUUUAAUACUUGAGUAUUUUGCUUCUUUUUAAUUUCUUUGUGUUAACUUGUUAUGUAUUCUCUUAAAUUAAGAAUAUUAUUUGUGAACAAAUCAUGUAAUUAAGUAUUCACAUAAGAAUUGCAUUUAUUGUUUAAAAUUAUAUUGCAUUGUUUCUGCUAAUGUUUUUUUUUUGUAAUGUAAAAUGAGACUUGUAUUUUAUAUAUGUAGUUCUUACACCAUUUCUUCUCUCAUUUCGUUUAUUUGCUGGAAACUUUUUACUGUGCAUUUGGAAAUGUGUAUUAGAAAAUAUUUAGUUGAUUAGAUCAUUUUAAAAUAAAUUUGUUUACUAAAAA